AUGAGUUGUUUCAGGUAUCUGGAUACAACUACAAAUGGAUUUUACUAUUUGAUGGAUGGAAAUCAAGGCUGGAAAAAGAAGGUAUCAACGAACAGCGUGAAUAUAACGACGAAUAACAAUGGUGUUGAGAAUGAACUAGCUACGUCAACACACCGUCACUAUCACAACGUUGUUGCAUCAUCUCCGAAUAAUAACAGCAGCUCAAACAGUAGUCAACUACAUCAAAAAGGAUUAGCAACUACUGUGCAUCCAGUUCAGUCCACGUUAUCUCACGUGUCCACUGGUAACAGUAACAAUAAUAAUAAUAAUAAUCCGCAGCAACUGCAAAGAGCGCGUGCUCAUAAGGCGAGUAUGAAUACGAAUCAAGCGAACACAAGGUCGAGUGGUAAACGAGAUCAGGAUGGUGCCGGUUCAGUGAAGAGUGCUGCAGUGAUGAACAAUAAUAAUAAUAAUAAUAAUCCGACGACGACAAGUAAUUCGUCAACGAAUCAGCAGCAAUGGGCAUCCACGUCGAAUGCUCAACCGAAUCAACCGGGAACGGCUGCACAUCAUAAUACGAGUAGUAAUAGUGUUAAUAGUAAUAAUAAUAAUAAUAAUAAUAAUCCAACAUCGACAACGACGACCUCAGGCGGGAGCUCGGGUGGCGGUGGUGGUGGGGGAGCGCAACCAAGGAUUUCAACACGUCCGUAUUUCACGCAACCGCAAGCCGCGGGUUUUGUGGCACGAAGUACUUAUCCGGCGUCAGUAGCCAGUGGUGCAAUGUCAUCGUCGAAUGCACGAGGAGCAGGCACAAUGGGUGCCGGUGUUGAUUACUGGCAUAAGAAUGGUGGUGAUUCGAUGAAACAACGACAGUAUCAUCAACAGUCGGCGACAGAUCACGGUCAGCCGCCACAUCAGCCACAACGUCGUAUCAGCGGCGAUGACCAGUCAUCGAACCAACAACAGUCCCCACACACAAGUAUCCAUAACGAUCCGAAUAGCAACAAGACGAAAGCUUAUUAUCAACGUAACGAUCGUUGGCAAUCACGUGGCUCUCAUCCGCAGGCACCACCCAAAUUAACACCUGCGCAACGACGUGCUCGUGGACCGUUGCCCGACUGGGAGGCCACAGACGGCACAGAAGAGGACAAUUUCGACUAUAUGGAUCUGAUGGAAACACAGUACUCGCAAUACUAUGCGAUGUCAGCCGUUCCACCAUUCGAUCCGACCGCCACGGGUCUCGAUGCGGCAUUGGCUGCGGCCAUUCCGAGCCUUGUGCUCCAACAACAACAGCAGCAGCAGAUGGCCGCCGCAGCGGCUGCUGCAGCCGCAGCAUUGGCAUUCCGUCAGGGCGCACCGCUGCCGCCCGGUGUGCUCAGUCCACAUCUACUCUCUCAUCCACCACCAACUUUGAACAGCACUGCGCCUGGCCCUGUCACACCGGCCAGUGCUGCUAGCGCAGGUGUAAACGCACCCACGGUCACACCGGUAACACCCGGCUUGAACGCUAACGAGACGUCACGUCCCGACUCGGCUGCCUCGUCGCUAACCUCAACCACAGUCCCGGCCACUCCAACGGCUCUCCUCUCACCGUCCGGUGCUCCUUUGCCUGCCGCUGCUCUCGCCAAACCAGAGUUGACCGCCUCGAUCGGUGGACCACCAGGACCAGCAGCUACGUUAGCUGCAGCACCAUUCGCGAUAUACCCGCCAGCAAGCGCUUUCUUACCAGUCAAUGAGGACACAUUGAAGGAUUACGUUAGGAAGCAAAUUGAAUAUUAUUUCUCAUCGGACAAUUUACAAAAAGAUUUUUUCCUUCGUCGCAAAAUGGACAAAGACGGCUUCUUGCCGUUAUCUCUGAUUGCGAGUUUCCCUCGUGUACGCUCCCUUACGCAAGACCUGAAAUUGAUUGCUGACGGUCUUCGUGGAAGUGAGAAGGUUGAAAUUAGUGACGAUGGACGAAAGAUUCGUCCACGUUCGAACCCACAACAGUGGCCACUAGCGCCAGCAACCCAAAGCAGUGAGGUGGAUGAAAUGGCCGACACGCGACGUACUUCGAUGACAAUGAGCCCACCAAUGAGUGGUGGUGAAGAUUCAUCGAUGAUAUCUGCGGGUAAACAGCCGACACAAUCACAGCCGCCGCCACAACAGGCAGCAACAAUCACGAAACCACUAGUAGAGACGGAGACUUCAGCAAAGGAAAACGACCGAAAAGAUAUGCCGAAACAAACGAGCAGCAGUGCAACGCAGAAGGCUGAAAUAGCCAUUGAGAAGUUGACAGCCGAAGCGAACGAAUUAUCAAUAAGCGAUAAGAAUAGUAGACCGGUAAUUGGUGGCGGCAGUGAACAAAAAUCAGCGAAGCAACAACCGACAUCUAAACAACAACAACCACAAAAACAACAGCAACCGAAAGCACAAACUCAAGGCGCAGCUCAGGAUGCGACACCUCAAGCUCAACAGCAGAAGCAGUCUGUGCCGUCAAAGAAAUCGUCAGAUUUUGAGACGGUUAUUGCCGAAAAAACGACAAUCGAUGCCUCUCAAUCGAGCGUUCAACAGCCAGACCAGAACAAAUCUGAGUCUGGCCAACAAGCACCGAAACCAGUCCAGCAACAGCAGCAGCAGACCAAACAGUUGGAUGCUGACUCAACAACUGCAUCUUCUCAGCCAAAAAGUGGUGGUGCUGCAGGAGAUGAAGAAGCACAAGAAGUGGAACACUGGCAAGAGGUGAAGAGUCGAAAGCACAAAAAGAGUCGUCAUGGAACGAUGCCGAAGUCAGGAAGCGGUCAUCAGCAGCAGUCUUAUCAUCAAUAUCAACAAGCUCAUCACGGCGGUGCACAGCAAGCAUCACAGUCACAACAUCAGCAACAAAACACAACGAACAACGUCACUGCACUGUCUUCGAAUCGUCAAACUGCAGCAGAUCUUGACUUUCAGUUUGACGAGGAAAUUGGUGAUGAGACAACGGAAGUGAUGCAUCGAAAGGAUAAAAAGGGUGGUGGUUCCAUUGGAGGUGGAGGGGGUGGAGGCACAGCUGAACGGACGAUGACGAUGAGUUCGGACGAAUCAUCAGAUGAGUUGAGUGAUGCGAACGUGAAAAAGUUGAUCAUCGUCACGCAAACACCACCACCGCCAACGAAACGACAAUACGAUCGAACCGGUGACUAUACGACACGUGCAAAAAUGAAUCAAAGACUCAACGAAGAGAUGGAGAUGGGGCUGCGACGUUACGAGUAUGAAUUGUGGAGCCAUAAAGAGGCUGAACACACACAGUCAGUGAAAAAGGUUGAUACGGUGUCAGCCGAAGAGUUCAAGCAGUUGAAAGGCGGUGGCGAGAGUUCGUCAAAUGAGCCGUCUCAAGAGCCACCUCCGAAGGUGAUUCCAACACCCAACGAGGUACCUGCCAUAUCGUCUGUUUGGACGCAGAAGGCUCGUGAACGAGCUGCGGCUGCAGCUGCGCUCACUCCGAAGAGUCCACUAGCCAAACGCGAAUCAGCUCGUGGCAAACUGGUGCCACGCUUCUAUCCAGUCACGAAACCAACAGUGACCAUACCAGAUUCGUCGUCAUCACCGAGAAAACAGAAGACUCGACACAGCAAGAAUCCACCAAUUGAAACGCCGAUUGGUUGGGUGCUGGGAACACGUUCGAGAACUUCCUCAUUGAAUGCUGAUGGAACAUCAGAUUCGGCCAGUCUUCAAGCCAUACCAGGACCAUCGAUUCCUCUGCCGCAGCAUCCAUCAAUGACACUUUUACGUGAGAAUGGAUUCGAGCAGCAGGUAUACACGAAAUGGAGAGCAUCGUGUCUUAAACAGAGGCAACAUCUUGGCUUUGGAACAGUCGAGAUGAAUGCUUUCUUCCGAUUUUUAUCAUUCUUCUUGCGAGACAAUUUUAAUCGCAAAAUGUACGAAGAGUUUAAACAAUUAGCCGUUGAGGAUGCUCAAGCUGGAUAUAGGUAUGGAUUAGAGUGUCUAUUCCGCUUCUAUAGUUAUGGUCUUGAGCGUAAGUUCCGUCCUGAAAUUUAUUUGGAUUUCCAAAAGGAGACGAUAGCGGAUGUGGAACGAGGUGAGUUGUACGGAUUGGAGAAGUUUUGGGCAUUCUUGAAAUACUACAGACAUUCACGACGACUCGAAGUGGACACGUUCCUCAAAGAGCAAUUGGCCAAAUACAAGAAGUUGGACGAUUUUGCUGUUGAUCCGGCUGACGCAGCAAAACGAGAAUUGGCCACAGAUACGAAACCAAAAAAUGCGGGAUCGACGGGUGGUAAUAUUACAACGUCUGCUUCUUCAACUACAAAUAAUACCAGAACAGCAUCUGCAACGACAAAGCGAUGA